AUGGCGGCGUCGGCGGCAAAGCGUGGCUCGUCGAACGGCACAGCUUUCGAUGAUAAAAGUCCCAGUGCUUACUCACUCAGUCGGGCUGCGUCCAGGCGAACCAUCUCAAUCUUCAGCAGGCGAGGGGUAGAAAGUCUUGACCCGAUCUCACCACUCACUAUCUUAGAGAGCACGCCUAGUACGAAGCCAAUGACACCACGACAGAAGAGCUGGCUGUCGCGUCGCAGAUCAGCUUUCCCAAUUGCUAAGAACUCCACGGACAACAAAGCGACCUUUCUGAAAGCAGUGCCGGCAGAGGUGUCAGCUAAUACCUCGGUGGACCAAGAUGCCCCGUUUUGGAUGACCAACGCGCCAGUGGCAGGAGAGAUGUCCACUUUGGAUCGCUUGUGUUCGGGCCAGAUGCGACCCAAGAAAGGCUUAUGGAGCACCACCAGUCUUCCGCGAGCGCAUCGGACCAAGGCAGAGAAGCGUACGGAGACCGCAGUGCGCGUUGGUCUCUGGGUGGAUGGCGUCCCACAUUGGGGCCCGGACAACAUCCCACAGUGGGAGCCGGACAACAAACACAAAUCCGCUUACUUUGUAGGCAGAUCAGCGCAGGAGAGCGAGCAAGUCGAGACAGGCCCUGCGCGUCCGACGUCCGUCCCGAGCGCGGGCAUGAAACCUAAGCCUUCCCUAUCGGUGAUCAUACCCGGCAGAGACGCUGUACUCGAGGACCUGCGCUCCACCGCCAUCGCGAUGCAGUUUCCUCCCCCGCGGAAGUCCGCCGACGGUACCGCCAGCGUUGUGUCGAAGUCUGGGCUGACACCGACCGGGACUUCAGACGACAAUGACGAACACAUCGUUUCGCCUAUCGGUUCAGAAACAGCCAUUGAGACAUCGGCACCACAGUCGGACACUCCAGCAACGCCCCCACAGAUACAUGCGGGUAUAUCAACACCGAACCGCUCUUCGUCUGUCUCGAGUAGCGUCUCUGGAAGGGACGACGCAUCGGCGCCCAGCAACAAAAGCUCGGCGACUAGCAAUGAGGAGAUAGGCGCCGAGUUCCUCAGCAAGGCUACCGAGAAGCAACCGAGCUUCAAGAAGAGGACAAGUUUUCGGCCAUUACCAGACAUCAACAAGCCACUGCCUCCAACGCCGAUCGCAACACCUCGUCGCUCUGCUGUGGCGCGACCACUGCCACCCAGCCACGAUGGCUCGCCUGAAGUGCGCCGAAGCUCAGCGAGUUUGAGCAUCGUGGUCGACCGUGCAAAUCUUCGCUCGAAGUCGCUGGCUCAGCUGGAGUCGCUCGACCGUGAGUUCGCAAAGACGGCACCACAUGGCUUAGGCAUCGCGGUACCCAGAAGUCCGACCCUCAGCGAGGCACGGGAAGAUCUCGAGGCCCACCUGGGCCACUUUGCCCGGAGCAGCAUCUACUCGCAAGAAACUUUCUCGCUGGAUGACAUUGACGCACUUCAGCUCGAACCCCAUCCGGCAUGGUCUACCUUUAUGCGCGGAAGCAGCUACGACUCAACGCAGCGACCCGAGCAGGAGCCCGUUGUGCCGAAGCGAAGCAGGAAACGAGAGUGGUGCUCGCCACAGUCCUCCGGCAGCAGCCUCAAGACAGGCGACCUUCAGAUGCCUACCCGGAGAAGAUCGGAAACGGACCUGACGCCUCCUCCGGAGACUCAGGGGAUGAAGAAAAGCGUUUGGUGGCGUCAAACUACCAUGUCAGCACCAUUGCAAACAGCUUGCUCGUACGCCGACUGUGUCUCUACACCGGAAGAGCUCAUUGUGUCAGCAAAGCCGAGCGUUGUUUUCGAUGACGGGUUGAUAGUUGUGGAAGGACCACGGGUUGUCGUCGACGAUGGGCUGAUCGUUGUGGAAGGCCCAAGAACGAUUCGCAAAGAGCAGGUACACCGCGACGAUAUAUCACCUGCCUCUGCGCAGGACACUCUGCUACGCAUCAUGUCAAUGCUUGACAACGUGGACGACCUGCGCAGCACAUCCAUGAUCAACAGGGGCAUGUACCGGGUGUACAAAGACAACGAAUCUCGGUUGCUCACAUCAGUGCUCCAUAAUCAGUCGCCAGCGGCAUGGGAGUACCGCGAGUGGGCGCAGCCUCCCUGGUACGAGCAUGACGACGAGAAUGUUCCACAGGCGGUGCAUACGGCAAAGCCUGCCCUUCUCCGCCACCGCUCCGAUGUGGCUGUCAACGAAUCGCUCAAGCAGCGCAUACUCAAGCAAUGCCGGAUGCUGGUGAGAUCGGAGGUGGCGUCUAUUCUUCUGGACGAGUCACAUCCUGAAAUGCAGCACUUCGAGGACGCGCUCUGGAGGAUCUGGUCAUUCUGCAAUAUUUUCGGCUCAGGCAAAGGCCGUGAAGACGACGUCACUGGACAGCUAGAUUGGCUGAAGGGGGGCAUUCUGGCGCACUACCAGGACCUCACUGCGACUAUGAAUGUCAAUCUCGAUUAUGACAUGACCAGUGUGUUACUUAAUCCUCCGGAGUACUUCGCGAAGGGCAAUGCGGGUGGUCUGAGCGCCGAGCAGUUGUAUGAUAUCGUCGAGAUCUGGAACUGCCUCAGAACCAUGCUGCAAGGCUACCACGGUCGGACAGAAGAAGCGGAGGAGUAUGGCAUCUUCGAUGACGUCGAGGUCACAUGCCAGGAUGAGAAGGAGGACAUGCUUGAAGAGUGGACCGCUCACCUGAUGACCUACGGUCCUCGGGUGAUCCUCCGAAUGGCCGAGCAUGCUCAAGAUAACGGCUCAGGAGGCUUCGCGCUCGCCCAAAAGAACGGCUGGACCAAAUGGAGCCUCUCCCGCCACGACACCAGCCGCACCGACUUCCUCAAGGAACCAGUCUGUCGUCUCUACCAGGAACGAGUAUACGGCAUGGCGCCCAAAUCGCGAACUCACCACGAGCAAGAAGCGAAAGAGCAAAAUCGCAGACGAGUAGCGAAGCUCGCCGCAGAGAUCAGACUCACCCGCAAGACGAGCGGGUACCGACGCCUCCCCGUCAUCGACACGCAUCUCGACCGGCCGACCAGCACCGCAAUGCGGAGUAGCACGUCCCUGAGCCCACUCUCUCCGCGCUCUCUGUUCUCACCAGUCAUGAACCGCCGGUCCACCGCCUUCGCCCGCCCACCCCCAAGCCUCUCCGCCGUCGUCGCCAGUGCCGCCCCAACGCCCAUCAGCCCCAUACCUGAAGAGCGCACCAGGCCGCAUGAUCGCACGUCGCAGCAGAGUUUCGAGAGCGGAGAGGAUCGGGCGCUGAAGCGGAUCGUGGCGAUGGGGUUCCCGGCGACGGCGGCGAGGGAGGCGCUGCUGAUGACGGAUGUUGGGGAUGGAUUAAGAGUGAAUCGGGCGGUGGAGAUGUUGUUGGCUCGGGGGUGA